GGAACCGUCCCUGACCUGCCGUUUUUGAAUUUUGUAAAAUUCACUAUUGUUGACUUCCUCUUGAAUUGUAUGCGUACACACGUAUAUAAUCAAAACGAUGAAAGAACUGUUUAUUGCGAAAUCUUCAUUCCUAUCUUUAAAGCAUUUGGAAAUACAACAAAAAAGCUGAAGUAUGUCUGGUGUGAGAAAAAGGCUAAAGACUCUGAUUAUGUAUGGCUUGUGACAAAUAACUUUGUCAAAGAUAAGGGUAGCUUGAAGCUACUUGAUGGUAUCGGAAAACUGGUUGACAAAGAGUUAAAUUAUCUUCUUAUUGAAUCAUCUGGAUUUAACAAUUCAAGCAUUUUGUCGCACAGUUUGAACGAUACCUUGAAGAAUAUGAAGAGUGGCUCAGACAAUUUGAAGUGUUUUAUAUCAAAGUACAAAAAAGCCUCUUUCAGUACGAUGAAGAAGGUUCGAGUCUACACUUGUCAUAUAAUUCGAAAUAAGAUGACUUUAGUUCGAUAUAAAAUCAAGUCUGCUUCCCAAUGGCAAGUUGUUGAAUGCCGCUCUGCCUCUGUCCCCCUCUCUUUCUCUGGCAUCAUUCAGUAUACCAAAGUCUUUGAACUUUUCGCUUUCCUGCUGAGUGAUAUGGCUGAACAAGAUAGACUUUUUCAUCAGCUGGAUAUGGAGUCGUUGGAGUUGGUUAAAGUACCUCAAGAUGAAACUGUUGCUCAUUUUUUAAUGUAA